AUGAGAUUUUUAUGUCUCCAUGGAAUGGGAACUAACAGUGAUAUCUUUGAACUCCAGACUGUCGCAAUCCGGCACGCCCUUUCUCUAGACCAUACAUAUGAUUUUAUCGAAGGCUCUGUUCCCUGUCCCAUUGCUCCAGGUUUAUCUGGCCUUGUUGCACCCGACACACAAACCUUCCAAUAUGCAGACGAAUCUUCCAUAGCAAGUUGCACUAAAGCCCUCCGUGACCUUCAAGACUACAUUGCCGAAUUCGGUCCAUAUGAUGGUAUUAUUGCUUUCUCGAGCGGCGCCUCCGUAGCCGCAACAUUGAUCAUUCAUCAACAAAUCCUCCGUAAACGUCAAGAUUGUAUGAAAUUCAAUUUGAAAUGUGCAAUUUUCUUUUCCGGUGGUAUACCGAUAGAUCCGACUGCAUUACUAGAGCGAGAGGAGUUUGUCAUCUUACAGCCUGAUGUACAUGGAGAGAUUAUAGAUCUACCCACGGCACAUAUUUGGGGCUGUAAUGAUCAGUUGUAUCCUACGUUUGGCCUAGUUUUGGUAGAUUUGUGUAAACUAAAUCUUAGAGAGAUAUUCAUACAUGAAGGAGGUCAUGAUAUUCCAGGGCCAGAGAACAAGACUGCCGUCGCGGAGAUAGUGAAGAUUGUUAAGAGAACUGUGGAAAGAGCAUUAAACAUUCAGUAA